UGACCAUUUCGGUAAUAAACUCAUAUAUUUGACCAUUAUCCAAAUAUUCAAAUAUUUUGUCAUAUUGUCUUGCUGUCUUGUAUUGCACAGCGCGCGAAGCUUUCUUCGUUGAGGGAUCAGUAACUCAGUAAGGAGUCGAGUAGGAAAGAUGUCGGCGAGAGAUUGGAUCGAAACGGAUGAAACUGCAAAGCAGUACCUGUCUAGGGUUCUAACAGAGCGACCAUUCGUGCCUCUCCCGCCUCCUAUUCACCGCCUUCCUCUCCGCGCCGGCAACAUCGUCGAGAUCGUCGGCCCUUCUCCUUCCGCCAAAACCCAAAUCCUUAUACAGGCUUCAAUAAAUUGCAUUCUGCCCAAGGAAUGGAAGGGUGUGCAUUAUGGAGGUUUGGAGCGCCCAGUGAUGUUCAUCGACUUGGAUUGCCGUUUCGAUGUUUUGAGCCUCUCAGGUUCACUGAAGCAGCGCAUACUUAAAGCCAAUGGAAAGAGUAUGCAAUGCUUAAAGGAGGCAGAUGCAGAAUAUGACAAAGAAUUAUUUGCAGAAAGCAUGAGACGGUUCUUGUACAUCCGUUGCUAUGAUAGUAUCCAGUUUCUGGCUACACUUAAGACAAUGCACCACCAGCUACAAAUGGCAAAAGAGGCACAUGGCGUUGGUGCUUAUUUAAUGGUGAUUGACAGUAUUGGAGCUUUUCACUGGAUGGAUCGUGCUUCUGCAUUUAUGCCACAAGGGAGCAGCAACAGGAAAAGUCUCUCUCUUCAAAGUGUAUCAGAAACUGUGGUUCAGGAGAUUCGGAAGAUUCUGUUGGUUCAUCCAAUGCUUGUCCUAAGUACCAAAGCAGUUAGUUUAGAGGAUAAGUAUGCAUCAAAUGAAGUUGUAAGGAAUGUGGGGAAGUGGCCCGCUCAAAAUUCCUUGGACUCUACAAGUGUUAGGAGCAGGGCAAAUAUUCUACCAUUUCGUGAGUAUAUGCCUUCAGUCUGGCAGUCCUUUGUUUCUCACAGAAUGCUUGUGCGCCCUUCAGGUGAUAGUGAUGAGAAUCAAAAUCAGCUCACUUAUAUUACAGAGUGGCUGUUGCCAGCACUGAAGUUAUCAGAAAAAUUUAUUUUCAAUGAUGAUGGUGUUUUUGCUAUAGAUCAAGUGCAUCUGAAUGUAAAAUGAAUAUCUGAGCACUGGUUGAUGAUGGCCUGCUUAGUGUGAAGUCAGAAUAUUAAUUAGAAGUGCAGUUUUCAUUUUCAAUUGGCUUCACUUGUUCAUGAGGAUUUGUAUGCUGGUUGAAACAGACGGACAGACACCAGAAUCAGCAUUCCCGCUAUCUUCUUCGUGACUUGACAUUUGCUGCUACAGUGUUGAAGAAGAAUUUAUGGUUGCUCCACUUAUAAUUUUCGGUCCAAGUGCAAAGCGGUAAAAUUGAUGGCAACAAGACAAGAAAGGGAAAAGCAAAGGAUAUGAUAUUGUUUACGAAACCAUUUGCACAAAGCGAUGAAGGAAGCCACACAACUGCAUCUGGGUUUGCCAAGUUCAUAUUGGCUAUCUCUGGACUUUGUGGUUAACUUCUAACUCAUUUGUAUUGAUUUCUUAUUAUAUGCUUUAGAGAACAUAGUUGUUCAGUUAUAUUAGUCACCUCCUUUGUAGCAUACAAAAAAAAAGUAGUUCUUUUUUUCUUUUCUCAUAGGGUGGUGUAAUACUGUAAUGCAAUUCAAAUAUUUACUAUUUGAAAAGGAUUGUAUCAUUAAAAAUCAAAUAAAUUUGUUUUUUUUUU